UUGCAGGAAGCAGAGGGAGGAGGAGGGGGCGCUGCACGGAGCUGCUGACAGGUAGAUGAGCUGUGCGCUGUCCGCGGUGCUGAAUGCUGCUCCGGCUGCUGCUCACCGGAGAUCUUCGACGCAGAUUUGACACCGGAGCACCGCCACAACCUUCAUCGGCUCGAGCUUUCCAGACUUCUAACACAAAUAUCCCACUUUUUUCCACGUUUUACCGUUAUCUUUUUUCUUAUCGCUGGCUGGAUCUUAAGAUGGCACUGCGUGGAGUAACAUUGCGCAAGGCAAAAGCGGACUUAUUUGACUGCUGUUUUGUGACUGUGAAAACAGCCCUUUCAUACUGAACGUGUUUCUCCUCUAUCUCCAUUUUCUGGCUCAUCCUUUUCAGGACAUCGAGGCGUUUUCUUUCUUUCCUUCCUUUUUUUUAAAACAAAAGGGGAGGCGUGAUAUUUGCAUUAUUUUAACAAUAUGCUCAUUAUUGCUGCACAUCCAUUUAUCGUCGUAUUAUAGAAUUCUUUAAGAUCAUUUGGACAUGGAGCCCGGAAAGGAGGGAGCUCUCCCUACCUCUAAAGAGGGAUUAAAACAAAUCGCGGGAAAGGCCCUCGGCAAUCUGUACAGGAGGCUGGAGAAGCGGCAGCAGCAAACAGGUGAGGCCAUCGAGCUGACGGAGGAUGGGAGACCCAGAGAGGAGCAGGCGCGGAAGACGCCUCUGUGCGACUGCACGUGCUUCGGGCUGCCGCGCAGAUACAUCAUCGCGGUGCUGAGUGGGCUCGGCUUCUGCAUCUCGUUCGGUAUCCGGUGUAACUUGGGUGUGGCCAUCGUCAGCAUGGUCAAUAACCACACGGUGCACGAGAACGGCAAGAUCGUCAUAAAAGAGAAAGCGAUAUUCAACUGGGACCCAGAGAUCGUGGGCAUGAUUCAUGGAUCCUUCUUCUGGGGCUACAUAGUUACUCAGAUUCCAGGAGGGUACAUAUCCUCAAGACUGGCUGCAAACAGGGUUUUUGGGGCUGCCAUCGUGCUGACAUCCAUCCUGAACAUGUUCAUUCCCUCUGCCGCUCGGACGCAUUAUGGAUGUGUCAUCUUUGUGAGGAUAUUACAAGGGUUGGUGGAGGGAGUGACUUAUCCAGCCUGCCAUGGGAUCUGGAGCAAGUGGGCUCCACCGCUGGAGAGAAGUCGUCUGGCAACCCUUUCCUUCUGUGGAUCCUAUGCUGGUGCAGUGGUUGCAAUGCCUCUGGCUGGGAUCCUGGUCCAGUACACAGGAUGGUCCUCUGUGUUCUACGUGUAUGGGUCCUUUGGAAUUGUUUGGUACAUGUUCUGGAUCUUGGUGUCCUACGAAAGCCCGGCCGAGCACCCGACCAUCACGGAUGAAGAGCGGCGUUACAUUGAGGAGAGCAUUGGUGAAAGUGCUCAGCUGAUGGGAGCGAUGGAGAAAUACAAGACACCCUGGAGGAAGUUUUUCACCUCCAUGCCCGUCUAUGCAAUCAUUGUGGCCAACUUCUGCAGGAGCUGGACAUUUUAUCUGCUGCUCAUUAGUCAGCCGGCAUACUUUGAAGAAGUGUUUGGCUUUGAAAUUAGCAAGGUUGGAAUGGUAUCGGCUCUCCCCCACUUGGUCAUGACCAUCAUCGUACCCUUAGGUGGCCAGUUAGCAGACUAUCUGCGGACCCACAACAUCAUGUCCACCACUACGGUCCGUAAAAUCAUGAACUGUGGAGGGUUUGGUAUGGAGGCCACGCUCUUACUAGUGGUUGGUUAUUCUCACAGUAAAGGGGUGGCCAUCUCAUUCUUAAUUCUGGCGGUAGGAUUCAGUGGAUUUGCAAUAUCAGGUUUCAACGUAAACCAUUUAGACAUCGCUCCUCGCUAUGCCAGCAUCCUCAUGGGCAUAUCUAAUGGUGUGGGUACCUUGUCUGGGAUGGUCUGUCCACUGAUAGUGGGCACAAUGACAAAGAACAAGACCCGAGAAGAGUGGCAAUAUGUCUUCCUCAUUGCUUCCCUCGUGCAUUAUGGUGGUGUGGUGUUUUAUGGGAUCUUUGCAUCUGGAGAGAAACAGCCAUGGGCCGACCCUGAAGAGACCAGCGAAGAGAAGUGCGGCUUUAUCGAUGAGGAUGAGCUGGCCGAAGAGACGGGUGAUAUCACGCAGAGUUACGGCGCAAUGGGCGGUCCGGCUAAAAGCUAUGGGGCCACUUCUCAGCUCAAUGGAGGUUGGGUACAGGACUGGGAUAAGACGGAGGAGUAUGUGCAGGAACCGGCGGGAAAGAUGUAUGCUGAGCGUGGCUACUCUUAAAGCAGGGCGGCUGUGGUGAGUCUGCUUACAGAACCAGACUCUCCGUCACAGAUUGCACAAAUAACCACUAUAUUAGAUGAUAUUUAAAUCCAUUCAGUGUAUUACAGUAAAAUGGUUCCUCGUAGUUUCAAGAAGCAAGUGUAAAGAAGUAGUUAGUCGCAAUGCAGAACAAUCCUUACUGAUUGUCACAUUUUUCACCAUGUUUAGCUUCAUUAUACUGUUGAUAGCAGUUGAAAAGAAAACUGCAGGCCAUCGUUGUACUUCUUAGGCACCCAAACCUCAUCAAUCUACUUGAACAACCAAGAGCCAGAUGACACUGCAGCUGACCAUCAUAUGGGGUCUUUCUCUGAAGUACCACUCUGAUUGCACUGAAACAAUGAGUAUUCUAAAAAUGAGAUUCUAUCCUGUUUCUCAGAUGUGUUUUAUGUACUGUAUAUACCUGUAUACUGUUUCUGUGAGACUGUUGUGGAUUUUGGGUCGUUGAUCUGUGUUAACAUUAAUAUAAAAGGCCAUAUUUUUCAUGGACAGUACCUUUUCAGGGAGAUGUCUGCUUGCA